UGUCAUCACCUUGGACUGACCUUUAUAAGACGAACAUCAGCACUGAAAACACCAUUUUGUGCAUUUACAACCAUCUCACAAGCAAGAACAAUCCACACAGGAAAUGGACAGCAAACUGGUUUAUGCCAUUGCCUUGGUGAUAGGAUGUUGGGUGCUGGCAGCCAAAGGCCUCAAGAUCAACUCCACCCACAUUGUGGGAGCUCUUAACACCACCAUCAGUCGUGCCGGCUGUGGCCAGACGAAGACUUGCUUGGAGACCCCAGCGGACUGUGACCCCAGCGGCAACAGUACCUGCCUGUUCGUCUCUGCCUUGGUUCCCAGCUCCAGGAAAGAGAGGGCCGGAUGGCGCUUCAACACCGAUAUCGACUUUGAGCUGCGCGGAGACUCCGAAAACUACAUUGUCCUUCUUCUGUCCUACGAUAAUAAUCUGGGAACGGGCGAUGACGGCGUCGUCUGCGCACAGUACCAGAACACGAGCCGUUUCUUCACCGUGGCGUACAACAACGGAUCACUGACUGUGGUGGAUUUUGAAGGAGUCAAAAAUGUCCUGGCCUCACUCAAUGGAAAUGUGAUUCAAUGCACCUUUACUCUUCUGGCGAAUUCCACAGGCAGGCCAGCAAACUUCUACGUCUUCGCUGGCAAUGGGAUGUUCAGCAAUGGAGUCUUGGGGGAUCCUGAAAUUACCCUUAUGAGAAACAGCAGUGUGGACCUGACCAAUAUGCCAUCUCAGAACAUCCCUGUGGGAGCUCUCAAUGCCGCCAUAACUCGUGACACAUGUGGCCGGACAAAGCUUUGCGAGGAGGUUCCAGCGGACUGUGAUCCCAGCGGAAAUGGUGACUGUCUGUUUGUCUCCGCCGCCACUGCCACCACCAACAGACCCUCCGGUAUCAAUAUCGCCUUCGAGCUGCGUGGAAACACCAGCGGCUACGUUGUCCUCAUUCUGUCCCCCGACAUGAAUCAGGGAGGAGGUGAUCAGUCCUUUGUCUGCGCACAGUUCAAUGAUACCCUCAGGUUCUUCACUGCCUCUUUCGACAAUGGAUCACUGACCAUGACCCACAUGAUGGGAGCUGUCAGUAAUGCCCUGGCUUCACGCAAUGGAACUGUCAUCCGAUGCACCUUCACUGCACUGGGGCUGAAUGCCACAGCCAGACGAUCCCCUGACUCCUCCUUCUACGUCUUUGCUGGCACAGGGGAAUACGAUGGUGUAAGCCUUGGGGAUCCUGUAAUUAGGCUUUCGAGCAACGGCAGUCUGGACCUCACCAACACCACCAGCAACCUGCCAGGGGGCAAUGGCGGAGCUGGCCUGCACCCCACAUCUCUGGUUUUGUUGGUCCUGCUCAGUGCCUUGAUCUCUCGUCUGGUUUGAGGAGCUGAAUGAUGCACCCCCCCCCCCCACCAUCUCAGUCAAUCAGCACUGUGCCAAAUGGGACCCCAAGUUCUGAUGUUAUAUAUACCUUUUCAUUUACCUAUUUUUGAGUGUGUUUGGAAAGUGUAAAGUAGGCCGAUGUGUUUGUGUGCGUGUUUGUUACAAAUGAAGCCGACCGGUGGAAGUGUGGCAAGCUGUCAUGGUUCUGUGUGCAGACCAGAAUGCUGCAUAAUAGGCUGGCAUACUGCUCUUAUUAAACAUGUAUCAUCACCCUUAUAUCAUUAUAAUAAACUAUGUAUUUUUGUAUGACUUAA